UUAACUUCUUCCUAAAACCUCAACAACUCAGAUUUUCAAGUUUUUUUCUUUUUCUUUUUUUUAAUUUUUCUUUUUACUGUAUCAAAAUGGUGAAGAAAAUGAAGCUUCUCUCAUUUUUCAAAAACAAAGAUAAGAAAUCAUCUUCACCAAGGGCUUGUCUACAAUGUACCUACAAACCGAAAACCCUAUCUUUCAGAGCCAACCAAAACGACGCUGUAUUCGAGAUUCCAGAAACUUCUGAAUUCAUAACACCAAGAUUUUCUUCUGAGAAUUUCAGUGGUGAUUCAGUUGAAACGGUGAAUAUUGAAUGUUUACGGUCGGAUCGAUUUUUUUUCGAACCGGACGAAACAAGAUCAAUAAUUAAGGCCAAAGAAAACAUUAAUUCAUCUGAUGGAUUAAUAACUAGGUCUAGCGGGAGUGAUAUUAAUAAUAAUAAUAAUAAUAAUAAUGAGGGUUUGUUAUUACCAUUUGAAAACACUGUUGAGAUUGCGAUUGAUUCGCAAAACCCUAUCCAAGAUUUCAAAAAAUCGAUUGUGGAAAUGGUGGAGGCUCAUGGUGUUAACAACUGGGAAGCUUUGGAGAAGCUUAUGAGUUGGUAUUUGGAAGUUAAUGAGGAAAUGAAUCAUGAGUUUGUUAUUGAUGCUUUUUUGGAUUUAUUUGUUAAUAAUCUUGAUUCUCCUAAUUCUUCUCCUUUAUCGAUUCAUAGUUGUUCUUCUCUUGAUUCUUCAUGGAAUACAGCUCGUGUUUCAUCUUAUAGUUCACCUUUGUAAGUUAAGGAGAUUGUGAUUGAAGAGUGUGGUUUGUGGGCCAAAGUGAUUUUUUUAGUAGUGAAUCUGAAUUGUAAUUUAUAUGUAAUAAUAUUAGUGCAUAGUAGCACAAUUUUUAGUGAGUUUUUUUUUACAGAUAAGUUUUUUUUUGAGAGAUCUCUAUUAUAAAAAAUGAUGACUUUCAAGUUUCAAUGUUAUUGUAAUGGUUUUAAAUUGUAGCUGAGAUUGUGAUUAUGAUU